AUGGAGGAAUUUUCUUCGUCGGAGAUUAUUUAUGAUGAUGUCAUACAACGGUUAUUUUGUGAUGAUGUCACACAACGGCUAUUUUGGAUGAUGUCAUACAAGGGCUAUUUUGGAAUUUGCUUUGAGUAUAGAGAACAAAGGACUACGGUGAAGAUUCGUGAGAUUACUGAGAGAAGACGACUUGGAGAGGUAUCAGAUCAGGAAAAGAGUCCACGUUACAUCAAAUUCCAAUACGAUUUCAGACUAGAUUUACAAAACGAUAGAAAACUAACUGGACUUUGGAUCCUACUAGAUUUACGAAACGAUAGGAAAACUAACCGGACUUUGGAUCAUACUAGAUUUACAAAACGAUAUGAAAACUAA